AUGGAACUACCGAUCAGGUAUUGCUUGGGUAUAUCUCUGGCAGUGGCAGGCGUGGCAUUUUGUCUUUAUCAAAUGUUCUUUCACCCAUUGGCCAAAUACCCUGGCCCAACACUUGCCAAGUUUACAGCAGCUAGAGCUGCAUACUGUGCCUGGAAGGAUGAUGUACACUUGGAUAUAUGGCUCUGUCGCAAGAAAUAUGGGCCCAUAAUUCGCUAUGUACCAAACCAUCUCUGCUUCGACACCGUGACUGGACUAAAAGAUAUUUACCUCUCCGGCAAAGAUCUCAGAAAGGACAAGAUCAUGGGCAAAGCAUCUUUCGUCCCUAAUCUACUCACGAUUAUGGAUAGGAAGGAGCAUGCUCGUCAUAGGCGGCUGAUUGGCAUAGGAUUCUCUCAGUCGGCGAUGAAGAGCGUCAAUGAACGCCUCUUGCACCACGUAAAGAGUUUCUACCAUGUUGCCUACAAUGCCGGCUUGCCGGAUGAAGCUAACGGCUGGUCGCAUCCUUUAACGAUGUCAGAUUUGUGUAGCUACUUAACCUUCAACGUGAUGGCCGACUUCAUCUACGGCAAGUCAUACGAUCUCAUCCAUUGCCCAGACUAUCGACACCUGCUUGAGCAUAUCGAGGAAUCCAACCUCCGAACAGGCGUGUUGCUCUACUGUCCACAGUUAUAUAUAGGCCGCCUGGACCGAAAGCUUUUUCCGAGGGCCUCCACGGGAAAUAAAACAAUUCAUUCUUUCAUUAACCAAAUUAUACAAGAGAGAAAGUCUGAAAAUGGCGUGGGGCAGAGUAUAUAUGAGCAGCUGGGCACCCAGCGCAAAAGCACAGAUCACCCACUUACUCCUGAAGAGAUCCGCAGCGAAGCGAUGUUGCUGACCAUCGCUGGGAAUGAUACCACCUCUACUGCACUAUGUGCAGCGCUUUUCUAUCUCGGAAAAAACCUUCAUGCAUAUGAAAAGCUAGCGGCCGAGAUAAGGACCAAGUUUAGCGUAGUAGAUGGAAUUGGCCAAGACGAAACACUACGGAACUGCCACUACCUCCACGCCUGUACCUAUGAAAGCCUGCGGAUGUCACCACCUGUGGGGUCGAGUAUGUGGAGGGAGGUUGGACCAGGGGGCACGAGUAUCGACGGCGAAUUCAUACCCUGUGGCUACGGAGUUGGGACAGGUAUCUACAGCAUCCACCAUAACCCGAAAUACUUUCCUCGGCCGCACGACUUUAUACCGGAGCGAUGGUUGUCCGAGAAAGACGGCUUCAUCUGCAAAGAACAAGCGGACAUCCCCUUCGCGGCGUAUAUUCUUUUCUCUGCUGGAACACGCGCCUGUCUUGGUCGCCAUCUUGCAAUUACAGAGCUUCUAACCACGAUAGCGGCACUCGUCUUGCUAUAUGACUUCCGGAUAUCCCACACAGAGAAUGGCGAGCUGGGCUGCGGGCAUGCGCUCGGCAGGCAUGGACGAACAAAUCCAGGAGAGUUUCAACUGUAUCAUCGGGUUACAAGUGGAAAGGAGGGUCCUAUACUUCAACUGCGACCUCGGAAAGGCAAUUAA